CGUACGUACGUCGAGAGAAAGGUGCAUCGCGGCGCGCGUAUAAUUUCAAGCGUAACGCGAAUGCGUGCGGACGGAGAAGUAGACAAUCAGGAGUAAGUUGGGUGAUAAUUCGUCGUGUUGUUGCGCGAUCGUGUUUAAUUAUCGUUACAGUUUCGAAUGUUUUUCUGACCAUUUGGCGGUAGUUGGUGGCGGUGGUGGGGGGGGGCAGGAAUCGUUAUUUUUUUCUGUUUUCUUAAAACCACACGAAGUACGUGUAGAAACAAACAGAGCAGCCAAGUGAUGACGGUGACGUGACGAGUGCGUGUUGUUCAAAAUUGUCUUCACCUGCAUCUGUACGGAUUACUAACGAUUACGCACCGCAUGAAGAUAUUGUGCAACUGUGUGUGAUGUUGUUGAUAUUUCAAGCUAAGUGCGAUUCGUCUACGGGACAGAGGGUAGCGGUCGUCCUGCUCCCAUGACUCGCGUUCGACGUUCGAUAUUCGAAUUUUUCUGCUUACCUUUAUAGGCCGGAAGAGUUCAGAGCUGACGCUUUCGGACUCGAGCCGGCUUUGUCGUCUUCGAUAUGAGCAACGGGGAAUCCUUUUUCACCUUCAACAACGUCGACGACGACGACGAGAUUUUAACUAGCGAAUCAUCAUCGACGACCGUUCAUCGCCCGGGGCUUUUCUAACGCCGGCUUUUUUUUACUCCAUGCACCGUCCAAUCAUCCCCACUCUUAGAGAAUUCAUCGGAUUGAUCGAUCGGCAGCUGUUUCGGUUAUUUCGAUUCUUUUUUCAUCGUCGCAGCACAGUUUUGAUGCAGAGUUAUUCUUGUGUUCAUUCGUGUUCAUUCGAUACAUAGCGGUGUGUUUGAUCAUAGUGUGUUCUUUCUUCGGUACUAUUUUUUUCCUCUUAGUCGUCAUAAAAUUUAUAUAUAUAUAUAUAUAUAUCUGGUGAAAUUCAUCGUUUAUGCAGCACAAGUGAUGAAAAUAAAAAUAAUAAUAGUGAUGAGAACAAGAAGAAGUUGGCUACGGAUUUGAUUAAUUACGCAAAGACGAAACGGAAAAACAAACGAAACACUAAUGAUAUCCCGCGAAUGCGAGGGUACAGCGAAGAAGAACGUUCUGUUAAGUAAAAUAUACAAGUUCUUGAGAAGGAAAAGUCGGUGUGUGUUUUGCCUUGACGAUAUUCGCUUCUAUUCGCUGUAAUUAUCGUUGUUAAUUCGAUAUUAUACCUAUUGUGUUUCAUCUUCGUUAAAUCUGUAGAUUGAAUUUUAUUAUUAUCGGAUUUGAUAUUAUCAUUAUUACUAUAACCUGUUGCUAAACAACGACAAAAUAGAUAAACGGAACGGAUUAACCUGUAUAGGCAAAUUGUUUCGAUCAGUCCGUCCCCGACCAACGUCGGCGAUACAGUGUGAAAUACGAAACAGAAACGAAGCGAAGAAACUCCCUGCGGAAUUAUUGGGAGUUGUGUGUGUGUGUUUUUUUUUUUUCUUCCCUUUUGCUUCCUUUCUUUCUUUCGUGUUUUCGCCGAGUGACGGUGUUUUUCGCGUGUGAACGUUGAAAUUCGAAACGCGCGCGUUUGAAUUCGAGCUGAGUGAAGUUGGCCGAUUGUUUCUAUGAUCGGAAAACAAUCGUCGCGGUGAAUAAAGAGAUGAAACAAAAGAAACACGCCUUUAUUAAUACACGACUCGCGGAUUGAUGCGAUAAAAAUUCAAUUUCGAUGUAAAAGAUUGAAAAAAAAAAGAAUAACAAAAAAAAGUGAACCUCGCAAGAAAGAUGAGAAACGAUCGUUGUUACCAUUGCGCGGUAAACAACAAUGAAAAUGCCGCAACGGUUUCGGUGGUGAUUCUGUGAGUGUUGUUCCGAAGAUUCAACAAACCGCGCUACCUGCAAUCUUCUUUCUGUUUUGGAUUGGUGGUGAUUUCGUGAUAUUCGAGAGUGGGUUUUUUUUUCUUUCUCUCGCACCCUCGGUGUCUUUGAAUGAACGAAGUGAAUAUGUCGCUAAUCGCAGCGCGACCCGUUCAAGUUAUCGAGAAUCGGAGAAAGAGGACGACGACAACGACGGCGUUUCAUCCUGCACGGAGAAACCAGAGGAAUCGAUGGGGUGGAAUCGUCGGCAAUUCGAUCCUCUUGGUGGGUUGGAUCCUAUUGACGUUUUGCACGUCAAAAGGGAGAGGAGACGAAUUUGCGGGAGGUGCGACGGGACACGCGAGGUCCGGAUGGUCAUCGUCGUUGGUCACGACGUCGAGGACAGUGUCAACAACGGAAAUGCUUUUUCAGAGAAUUGUAACCGACCCGCAAGAUCAAACCGCCGUCGUCGGAUCCGAAGUCACUCUUCCCUGUCGCGUUGUCCAUCAGAAAGGUCCCGUUCAAUGGACCAAGGAUGAUUUCGGUCUUGGCGCCGUGCGGAACCUGACCGGAUACGAAAGAUACGCAAUGAUUGGCAGCGACGAGGAAGGUGACUUUUCGCUGCGCAUACACCCGGUCGAGUUGGAGGACGAUGGGAAGUAUCAGUGCCAAGCAUCACCGACCAACGACGGUCAGCCGGGUCUCAGAUCGAAAUUCGCAUAUCUCACCGUCCUCGUGCCACCCCAAAAGCCGAAAAUUACUCAAGGGGACUUUCUCGUGACAACCGAGGACCGGGAACUGACCUUGGAGUGCGUCAGCGUCGCCGGAAAACCACCGGCUGAGAUCACCUGGAUCGACGGACUUGGCAAUGUUCUUCGCAACGGGAUCAAGACUCACACCGAAAAAUUUGAAGGAGGACCUCUCGUCACUGUAAGAUCGGUGCUCACUGUCAUGCCGAGGAAGGAACACGACAACACCACAUUUACUUGUCAAAGUCAUAACGCCGCUGAGCGAACUCCUCAAAACGUGAAACUGCGCGUUGAGGUACGGUACGCCCCAAAAGUUUCGCUCAGAAUCCGAUCAGGAUUAUCGAAGAACGGUAGAAUAGUCGAAGGCGCUGAGCUGAGAUUCAAAUGUCGAGCAGAGGCGAAUCCUUCAGACAUGGAAUACAGGUGGUACAUAAACGAGAGAAAGGUGAUCGGCGAUUAUACGACAGAGAUGAUUAUACACAACGUUACGAGGCACGAUCACGACGCUAUCGUUAAAUGCGAGGUCCACAACGACGUCGGGAAAAGCGAAGAAACCGAGACACUCGACAUCACUUAUGGGCCACAAUUUCGGCACCCUCCCCAAUCGGUAGAGACUCACUAUGAUGCUACUGAAAUCCUGCAAUGUGACGUUGACGGUAAUCCAACGCCAGAAGUUCUCUGGAUUCACGAAGAAACCGAUCGAAUCGUAGCGAGCAGUCCUAACAUCAGCGUUCAUGUUAACCCAGAAUCUGCUGGACGAUAUUACUGCAAAGCGCAUGUUUCUGGAUUCCCAGAACUUACUGGCUAUGCAAAUAUCUACAUCAAAGCUGCACCUAGCAUCGUUUCUCAACGCACUCAAUACGUCCCAGACGAAGGAGUCGUCAAGGUUGAGUGCACAGCUAUUUCCGUACCAAAGGCAGAUACGGUGACGUGGAGCUUCGGAGGUAGAGAAUUGAAUUUCACAUCGAACAGCACGCCCUAUCUUGUCCAGGAAGAAUUCACGCCUGAAGGAAUAGUCAGCACCAUAACACUUCUGGAUCCAGUAUCGACUUACUUUGGAGACUACAAUUGUACGGUGACAAACAGUUACGGAACUGACUCUGUGAUUAUCAAGCUCACCACUCACGCGCUGAUUCCAGUCGAUUGGCAGCUGAUUCUUAUCGUCGGAGGAUUAGUCGUAUGUGUGAUCCUCGUUGGGAUAAUCGUAGCUCUAAUACUGCACUGUCGAGAUCGUAUCAAACAGCCUAGGCCACGUACUGUACAAGCUCAAGACAACGAUCUUCAAGAGACAGAUUCGAACAACGAGCGAUAUCGCGAAAGCGAUCGUAGCAGCAAUCUUUCCGACGUCAAAGCGGAUAUUAGAGCUGGAUCAAGUGUAAGCAAUGCAGAGAGCGUCACUGCCCUGGAUAGCGAAGGGGAAGGGAGCACCAGAGGCGUCAACGCGCUGGCCUUAGCAGGUCCGGUUCCUAAUCCGCUCGGAUUCAGAUACAGCGCCGAUUACACAGAGCCAUCAUUUCCGCCAAAGAACAAUGAUGGAAGCAACAACAACGGUUACGUGCCAUACGUCGACUACGCUCGUGACUACACGCCGCCAGUUGCCCAAGGAAUGGGAGCAUCCAGAGAAUCCCUGAGCAGGAUACCCUCGGGAGGUAUUCUCGGUUCUAAAAAAAUUGGUCUCAGUUCGGCGAACCUUGGUAACAACACGCAACAGGUCAAUUCUGUUAUAGAUCCAAGGUUUUCAGCCACUUAUGGAAACCCUUACUUGAGAAUGUCAGCGGCAGAGCAACUCAGGCACGCACCUCACACGGCGAUACCUGGUGUAACUCCAGCCCCUCCGCCAUAUACUCAGGCGAUGCGAAUGAGUAAUAUGAACGCGUUGAACGGGGCAGGUCCGCAGGCUCCAUUAUCUGCCCAUUACAUAACGGGGGGGCCGAACGGAGGCGUUGCAACGGUGAAGCGUACAUCAGCAGUUGGAAGUCUGGCGACGCAUGUAUGAGAUUGGAAUUCUACAGCUGGAAUAGUCCCUGCUAAAUAUUAGAGGAUUCGGGUUUCAAGUGCGCGUCAAGAGUAUCGUCGAAACGAUUCGUCGCCCUGUUGACCUUUAAAAAAAAAGGACACACUUGAUGAUACGACGAUUUUCCGACGAUGAUAUGACCGAGAUUGUCUGCCCAGAUCGCAAAAUCUCUACAGUCUGAAACUGCUUUCAAAAGAUCUCAUGGCGAGGAUCGAUAUUGAGAUUCCACGAAUAUUGAAAGUUGGACACGCAAAGGCUAUUGUAAGGAGUGAUAAAAAUGUAUUAGAAGAGGUAGGAGAUAUUUAAAUAGGUAUAUGAUCGGUAAAAACAUGAUGAGAGAAAGAAGAUGUAAUGUGCAAAAGAUUUCUAAUAUAAUAAUUCGUUUCAAGCGAUGCCUUAGAUCGUUAUAAAAAUAAAAAAAUUUAAAAGGAAUCGUAUUUCAUCUUAAGACGCUCGAUCUAACCUGUGAUAAAGGCAAUAUAAAUAGUUGUAAAGAGAAGCCUAGUGUUUCGGAUUUUGAAAAUGAUGAACAAAAUAUAAAGAGAUAAAGGAGAAAGUUAGAGAAAAAAAAAAAAGAAAUCUCGAAAAACAAUAUGACCGCUAUCGCGCGUGAAAUAAAAAAAAAAUAAAUAAAUAAAUAAAUAAAAUAGUGACGAUCUGAAAACGAGCAUGAAUGUAAAAAAAGAUGAUAAUUGCCACUGCAAUUCAUGUAUCGAUAACAACGUCAACGUACAUUAUAUAUUAUAAAAAAAAAAAUAACGAAAAUGUUAUAAGCAAGUCAAC